CUUGCGGCACAUCGCACAGCCUAAUCGAGAAACAUGCAGACCAUGCGUGCUCCCGCUGCCCAGGGCGCUGCCACCCGCGUGGCCAGCCGCCGCGUGUUCCGCCCGGUGGCGUCCACCAAGGUCUCGACGGCCGUGACCACCGAUGUGUCCAAGCGGACUGUGCCCACCGCUCUGGAGGAGGGCGAGAUGCCACUGAACACUUACUCGAACAAGGCUCCCUUCAAGGCCAAGAUUCGCUCUGUUGAGACCAUCACCGGUCCUAAGGCCACUGGUGAGACCUGCCACAUCAUCAUCGAGACCGAGGGCAAGAUCCCGUUCUGGGAGGGUCAGUCCUACGGUGUGAUCCCGCCGGGCACCAAGAUUAACAGCAAGGGUAAGGAGGUGCCGCACGGCACCCGUCUGUACUCCAUUGCCUCGUCCCGCUACGGUGACGACUUCGACGGCAAGACUGCCUCGCUGUGCGUCCGCCGUGCCGUGUACGUGGACCCGGAGACCGGCAAGGAGGACCCUGCCAAGAAGGGUAUCUGCUCCAACUACCUGUGCGAUGCUACCCCCGGCACUGAGAUCGUCAUGACCGGCCCGACCGGCAAGGUGCUGCUUCUGCCGGCUGACGCCAACGCCCCGCUCAUCUGCGUGGCCACUGGCACUGGCAUUGCUCCCUUCCGCUCCUUCUGGCGCCGUUGCUUCAUGGAGAACGUGCCGAGCUACAAGUUCACCGGCCUGUUCUGGCUGUUCAUGGGUGUGGCCAACUCGGACGCCAAGCUCUACGACGAGGAGCUGCAGGCUCUGGCCAAGGCCUACCCCAGCCAGUUCCGCCUGGACUAUGCUCUGUCGCGUGAGCAGAAGAACCGCAAGGGCGGCAAGAUGUACAUUCAGGACAAGGUGGAGGAGUACUCUGACGAGAUCUUCGACCUGCUGGACAACGGCGCUCACAUGUACUUCUGCGGCCUGAAGGGCAUGAUGCCUGGCAUUCAGGAGAUGCUUGAGCGCGUGGCCAAGUCCAAGGGCCUGAACUACGAGGAGUGGGUUGAGGGCCUCAAGCACCGCAACCAGUGGCACGUCGAGGUCUACUAAGCGGCUUCCUCCUCGGGGCUGCAAUGGGUGCUGUGAUGUGGAUCUGGGGCUCGUCUGGCUCUUGCGCCAUCUUGCAGCUUUCCGCGUGUGUCGUUCGGACCGGACGACGAGGGUGGCGACUUUCAGCUGGUUUGCUACAUGCGCCUAACUUGCUGCAAGUGGAGCCGUGAUGGGUGGAUUCCAUGUACGCUAGUAGGACCGGACCGGGCUCGUACCCGAAGCGUUGGCUGCCCCUGCCGCCAUGGACGGCUGUGCGGGGAGUUGAUUGCUCAAUUUUGGUUGUUGAGCGCACUUUCGCCAUUUACUUGUUUUCCCAAUGCGGUGGUCAUCUGGUGUGUGUGUCUGUACUUGAUUAUACACCCCGCGCCGACCUGCGUGAGUAGAGCGGAUUGAGCGAGAGUGAGAACGUGCGAGUGGGGCGGAAGGGGACGUUGUAGAUGUUGAGCCGCCGGAGCAGGCUUGCAGAUGGCCCAUAACUGACCACCAAACUUGUGCUAUAGUUUGUAAUGGAAGGAAUGGCGACUGCGCAGCUUUCCCCUCUCCGCUCCCAAGCGGAUGAAGUGAUUAGUGGGCAUGAUGUGUUGGUUCAUACGCAUGAAUCUGUAAAUAUCUGCCGAAGAUUA